AUGGAAUUCAGAUAUUUGGUCUUCAUGUUGCUUUGUCAAUACCUGAACAGUACAUUUUCCUCAGAGACAGAAGCAACUACAGCAGAGCAUCGUCCACGGUCUACUUUACCUACACCAUUGGCGGUUCAUGUUACAAAUGAUUCUCAAAACACAGGAGGGAAUACUUUGAGUCAAACAACACAAUUCAACAACAUUUCUUCUGGACAACAAGUACCACCUGCCCAAACCACUCCUCAACAAGCAACACCAUCCAUCCCACAAACAUCACUAUCUGGGUUCACUCUGACCAAUCAACUAUCAUCUUCUGCCCAUAAUUCUACUAGACAACCACCAAAACCUCUUGCCUAUACUUCUACACAACAGCCACCAUCAACUGCUCCUACCUCUUCUGCAAAACCAGUACUACACACUACUGGUAAUCGACCCACAAAAUCAACACCAACUAUUUAUUUACCAAGGGACACACCACCACCACCACCACUUACUUCAGAACCAACGACUGGCAAAGGAACUGCUCAUAAGAACAACCACAAUGCAAUAGCCGCCAUAUUGAUUGGUACGAUUAUAAUUUGUAUGUUGGUAGCUAUACUCAUGAUUAUACUGUGGAAAUACUUGAGGAAACCAGUCUUAAAUGAUCAAAACUGGGCAGGUAGGUCUCCAUUUGCUGAUGGAGAAACCCCAGAAAUGUGUAUGGAUAACAUUAGAGAGAGUGAGGUAUCCACAAAGCGGACAUCAGUUGUUUCCCUUAUGCCUUGGAAGCCAAGCAAGAGCACAUUGUUAGCAGAUGAUUUGGAAGUUAAACUGUUUGAAUCAAGUGAACACAUCAAUGACACCAACAACCUCAAAACUGAGAAUGGAAAAGACCAAAUGCAUGGUUUAUCAGAAGACAGUGCUGAUGGGUCGACAGUUGGUACAGCCGUGUCUUCUUCGGAUGAUGCAGAUCUGCCGCUGCCACCUCCCCUUCUUGAUUUGGAUGAAAACCUAUCAGACAAGCCCACAAUGAUAGUUGUACCUCCUUUACCAAAUGAUUCUACCAAUCUCCAACCACCUCCAGAUGGUCUAAAUCAAGUGUGUGAAGAUCAUCAUUCCCAGAUCAACGAGCCAUUCUCACCACCCCCUGACUCAUUUAGUGUGCCUCUGUCAGAAGAUUUUGUAAGCAUCCAAGAGUCUACCCGCGAGGCUCAGUGCCAGGAGUUCUCUGCCCCUGACCUCAAUCAGGACCUCAUGGACUCCCUGCCACCUCCACCUCCAGAGCUGCUGUAAAGUGACAGCUGGCUUUCUAGCUUCUCCUCCAUCCUGAGAUGGCUCCACCCAUUUCUGUCCUUGUGGUAUGGCACAUAGGAGAGGACAACUGGCAUCCAAGCGACCAUUCAGGAUCUGCCUGACACCUGACUGAAGCCCAGCACACAGGGAGAUUAUUAUGGUGGUACACUUAACAGCCAUAGAAGUUAUUUUUUAAAGCAGAGUGCCUUUUAUGUAUGUCUAUGAUAGAUAUGUCAACUGAAUCACUUUGGAAACAUGAUCUACAUAUACUUAUUAGUACCCAGUAGAUUUUCCCCCUGAAAAGCUGUAUAAAAACUUAUCUUAAAUAAAUAAAAUUCUAUUUUUCCACCUCAAAA